ACUUUUUUUUCCCUCUCUAUUUCUCUGUCGUAUUCAUGUAUAAAUUGAAGCAUUGGGGGGAGAGAUUCCAUUAUCGGCGCAGUUCCCAUUUUCUUCCACAACGCUAUUUCAAUGGGGAAUUCAGCUUCUUGUGCUCCUUCAAUGGCCUCCAAUGGCGCCCCAAAGGUUUUAUCCUUAGAUGGAAGAUUACAGAGCUUCUCAAAGCCAGUGACGGCCGCCGAACUAAUGAUCGAGCAUUCCGGUAAAUUCCUAUGCGAUUCCAGCGAUCUUAAAGUCGGCCAUCGGAUUCAAGGUCUAUUACCGGAUGAAGAUCUGGAAUGGCGGCGAUUAUACUUUCUUCUUCCGAUGGAUCUUCUUUACUCUGUUCUAACACUGGAAGAAAUGAGUUCUCUGACUUUCAUCGCUACAAAGGCUUUGAAACAGGGAAAUUCGAGCGGAUUUGGGAGGAUUUUUCCUGUUUUAAUCAGUGAGUUUUGUAAUUCUCCGGCGGAUGUGAAGGGAUUGAAAUUGGAAGAUGAUGAUGAUCGAGAGAAUCAAAGUUCGAAGGCGGUAAAGAGAUUGAUGUCGAAACAGAGAUCGUGGAAGCCGGCGCUUGAAACAAUUGCUGAAACUUCGUGCACAUAGAAGGAAAACAGAAGGGGAAUUCGGAAUAAUGGGGAAAAAUGUAUGAGAUUAAUUUACAUUUACGAAUAAUUGGGUAGCGUUUUUGGUUGGAUCAAUGGUAGUUGAUAGAGAUGAGAUGAGUGGAUAAAUAAACAGAGAUCUUGAAAGUUUGUUUAUUCUUAUACAUUAUUCUUUUUCUCUUUCUUAGGCUUAUGAUGAACACAUUCUUCUUAUUGAUUGAUUUAUUUAUGUAGAACAACACGUUAAGUGCU